UCCAGUCGUACAGUGAAUCCCGAACCGCUCAGGUUUAAGUUCCCUUUUGCGUACUUGUCAGUACAUAUCUGUACUAUUCAGUAUAAAUCUGUACAUGUUGGUACAUAUCUGUACUUGAUAAUAUUAGUGAAUUGGUUUCACUAAAGUGUCUCGUAAGUCGUAAUUGAAGUGAUUUUGAAGUUCAAAACAAUCAUCUAAAAGUUAAACGAUCUGGAGCCUUCACAGGUGUUGAUCAAUUGAUCAAUUGACCAAUUUGAUCAAUUUGAUCAAUUUGAUGGAUAUAACGAGGAAUUGUGAAAAUGAGUCGAAGGUCCUUACGGAAGAAACAGUAUCGACCAUUAUCUGCGGAUUUCACAAAGGUAUCUGAGUCCCUGUCCUCUAUGUUUGGGAAUGAUAAUGAAAAAACAGAUAAACAAGGAAACGUACUGCUUAUUACAUAUAAAAGGUCAGUGACUGAAAUUGAUAGUUCUCCAUUAAACUCUCCGCCAUCUUUCUUAAGAACAUUCUCACAACCAGGUAUGACAAGAAAGGACUCUCUAAUCACAGAACAGAUUCAGGAGGAUCAAGAGAAUCAGGAGAACCAGGAGAAUCAAGAAGUUCUCGAGGUUCAGACAGUUAAGGAGGUUCAGGAGAUGGAGACGGAGACCAACCUAAAUCUCUCCCUGGGAACAGAGAAAGCUGAGGAUCUCCAGGUGUACCCGGAGCUGAAUGGAGGACGAAGACGAACUUCCCAAUCCUUAUCCUCUGGAGAGUCCUGGGGUAGUGAGGAAGGACGAACGUACCAAAAUGCACGAGACAAAGACGAUUCAUCAUGUGAUGAUAUUGAGGUUAAAGGAGACAAUAAUAGUCCAAGUACAAUUUGGGAGUUUACAGAUUCACAUUUCCAACCAGAGAAAGAAGCUUGGAAUAGUACACAGUGCUGGAAUAAGGACGUCAAUUGGGAGAACAUAGAUCGAUCCUUCGGCAAAGACCCAUCUUUUGAAGUGAAAGACGAGGUUGGUUGGGUUCCAGUUCAUAAUGUAGGCUGGGAGAACCAGUUUAUUCAAGCAGUUCCUUCUGUGCCCUUAGCUAGUGAAGACUCAGACUUGGGAGAGUCAGCUGACUUUGAGUCUUUCAGUAGCGAAGAUGAUGAAGAUAAUGAGGCAAAACAUAAUUUGACUCCAACAACUGAUUCAAAGGAGGACUAUGUCGGACUGGGAUUUACAAGAUCGCUCAGGGAUCGCUUCCAUACUAAAGCAAGCUGGAUCAGACGAUCUUCGGAGAGAGAUAUUAAGUUAAGCCGUGAUUCUUCCCCCUCUGAGAUAUCUGAAUCGAAGGUUCUGGCAGAAUCUAAACUAUCCCGGCUGUUCUCUCUGCGCCGGUCAAUCGGACCCACCAGCCUAGAUAGAACAGAUUCACAGAUGCCCAGACUUACAGAGGAGGAGGAGUUGCAUCUUUCCCACAGCUCCCUUGACACCCCUCAACCCCUCCCUUCACUAGAGGAGACCCUCCCCUCCCUCCCUCUCCCCCUUCACUUCAAGAGCCGGGGAGUAAAGAGAAGAUGUAUCAUCAACUCCCUCGUGGAGUCGGAGAACAGCUACAUUGCCUCCCUCACCAAGCUGGCGGUAGAGUACAAGGUAUAUCUGGAAUCUGCCUCCCCACCCAUUCUUAGUGAAACAAAGAUUGAAACAUUGUUUUUCAGGAUUCCUGAAAUACUGGCUUGCCAUCUUUACUUUAAAGAGAGCCUCAGAUCUGCCCUUCAAAACUGGGAACAGAAUGAAAUGAUCGGGGAAGUUUUUGUUUCCAAUUUCUCAAGUCGACGUGUAUUGGAGACCUAUGCAGAUUAUAUCAACAACUUCAACUCUGCUAUGGAGGUGGCCAAGGCAGAGUCAAAGAGAAAAUCUGCUUUCGCGGAUUUUCUUAAAGUGAAACAGCUGCAGAGUGCUGAUAGGUUAGCGCCAUUUUAUAGUUUUGUUUUACAACUAAAUUUUAUGAUAUUUAGGAUGGGUAUACAACAAGCUUUAACUACCCUCGAGUGCUUAACUGGGAUGCUUAAUGAACGAAAAAGGAUCUCAGAACAGAGCGCAGCAUUUAAAACAAAUAUGCGCAGUAUUGGCAGUAAACUAGGGCGGAGUGAGGUGGAAAGGGUUCUAAUAAGAGGAGAUGAAGUACGUCUACUAGAGUUUAACCAUCAUGGGCAAAUCUGCAGGGUUAAACAGAGAAAACUUCUUCUUCUAAAUGAUUCGGUUGUUUGUGUAUCUGUAUCUGGAAGACCAAGUGAGGUGGAGUUUAUAAGUCCUGGAUCCCAAGAAAGAAUGAACCUCAAGUGGUCUGUAGCCUACAAUGACAUCGAAAUAGUUGACGGACCAGCGCAAGGAACACUGGCACGAUUGACCGCUGGGGGAUCGGUUGCCGCGAAACGAUCAUCACUUGGACGAACAGCUAAUCCAGUCACCAUGUUUAAUGGAAAUGAGAGUGGAGAAGCCGAGAAGUUAGCAGCUGAAAUGGCGGAUCUUAUGUAUGAUUAUGACGUCAUGUCCAGAAUAAGUACUAUGUUGGACACCAUGAAGGGAUCCUAUCCAAAAAUGACAAGUGGAAUAGCUGGAGAUCUGUUAAAUCAAAUUCAAACAUCUAUAAGACAAAAGGACGAAGAAAUGAGCUAUUUGGACAAAUGUUGUCUUCAUUUGGCAAUUAGGAAAAAGGAUAGACCUGAAACCAUCACCCUUCAGAUGCAGACACCUAAAGUUAAAGACGAGUGGAUUGUUGAGCUCAGAUUGGCACGAUUGGCGGUUGACCCAUCUAACUCUCCGAGCUGGAAUACUAAAGAUGACCUUAUCCAACCUGUUACGAGAUUACCACUCUUCGUCAAAAAUGUCGUCUCCCACUCAAUCUCAGACAAGCAGACCGAAAUCACCUGUGGAUUAAGCUACACCCUGAUGGUUGAAACUCCGACCCGAACUCUAAAACCGGUUUCCUACAUCUGGACCAACUGUACAGACGGAACGAGUUCCAGUUUGCGGAUUUACUCCGCCAUUAAGACCCAGCAGGUUGUUCUGAAGGAAUUGGGAACUAUUAACCCGCCUUGUCUGGUCAAUUCUCUCAUCUUCGUGCCGAAAGCUCCAGGACUGAACUCCAUGUCGAGUGAGGAUCGAAGGACGGAUCAGGUUUGGGUGUCAGGGACGGAUAAAACCAUUCUUAUCUAUACUGGACUUGAGGCGGAGAAGGGGCGGGAGCUGGGGCGGAUUUAUCUUGUGGCGGAGCCAGUUGUUCUUCAUUAUCACGGCGGAGGAACCAUCUGGGUUGGGUUGGCAGAUGGAACUCUGUAUAUUUACAGAAGAGGUUUGACAGGAUUAUGGGACACCAACAAUCCUCAAGUUCUCCUAAUUGGAUCGGAUCCCGUCUCCUGCCUGUCCCAGGGAUCAGGGAUUCUCUACGCAGCUACAGGGAGACGAAUUACUCUGGUAGAUUGUGAGAGUGUGGAGAUUGAAAAGAGUUUUAUCAUCUCCCAUCCUGAAAUCCCUGAAACCAGUAGGAUCACCCAUGUAGCCCGGGCUGGGGUAGGACUCUGGGUUGCCAUGUCUAAGAGUUCUCUAAUAAAUCUCUACCACACAGAAACCCUUGCGCAUAUUCAAAAUAUUGACCUCUCGGAGAACGUGGACAGAGUUCUUUCCGGACGGGAGAAUGGAGUAAAAAGAUUUGUGCACAUCACCUCGCUAUCAGUAUCAACUGGGUUACUAUGGAUCGGAACUAAUGUUGGAUUAGCUCUGACCAUACCUCUACCCCGUCUUGGAGGUAUACCAACCAUAUCUGGGUCUGCAAACAUAUCAUACCAUGCCCACUACGGGCCGGUAAGAAUGUUUCUUCCAAUCAAUCAAUCUAUCAUCACUGAAGACUUACCUGUACCCAAGAAAUCAUAUCGUUUGAGUACCACAAGCCAGGACACAAUAGAAGAGGAGCCUGAAAUCAAAAUAGGUAUCCACAAACUCAGUUCUGUGGAUCGUGGAGCAGGGAUCACCAAAAGGUAUUCUUCGCCGCGUCUUGGAUCAAGAAGGGAUUCGGUUCAACGAAAGAUAAGUGAUUCAGAGCGAAGAGGGAGUAAAACCCUUCCUCGUGGAUUUUCUCUCGCCAAUCACUCCGACUGCGGGGAUUCUAUCUAUGGUUUAUAUGAGGAUCUUCUCAACGUCCAGGACUAUGAUUGUGAGAGCUCGGAGCUAAACAGAUCCCGCCAAAACUGUCAUAAAUCCGACCCAGAACUCAAUACGAUCCCAUACAGAGUCUCGACACUGGACCGACGAAUGACGAUGAAACUUCAGCGACCCCGAUCCCUUGACCUCUCCUCCUGGUCGGUCGAGUCCAGAUCAUCCAGUCACACUAAUUCAAGCUCAGACGGUUCAGAAAAAGCAUUGACCCCUUCGGUUUCCAGAAAUGCGUCAUUUGUUUCUCAAAAGGCGUCAGAGCCUGCUCUUUUGCGUCAGCAAUCAAUGCGAAAACCUGCGAAACCAAAGUCUGAGCUGUCCAACCGUACACUGACCACCCUCAUGGGUGGCCGGGGGUAUAUCAACUGGCGAACCUUCCGAUCCUGCCCGCAGUCGGCCAAAUUCAACAAUAAUGAUGCCAGUCUCAUCAUCUGGGACCAAAAGAUAUAAAUUCAGCAAAACAAGAUGGCGAACAUUGCUGUUCUAGCGGCCAUCUUUAUUUAUGAACUAUUUAUGUCGUGUACCGUUCUAUGUGGAUUUUAAGAUUUAUAUUGAAUUAGCGUAUACUAUCUUACCAUUUCUAACAUUAGACAUCAUUAAAAAUGAAAUUAUCCACACCCUGCAUAAACGUAUACAUAUAAUUGGUCCAAAUGCUUUUCUUUUAUAGGCUAAUCCCUGGCUGUGAUUUGUUGUUGUGAUAAAAUAUUAAAAUUGAAAUUUAUUUUUGAAAUUUGGAUUUUUGUAAUUUUUAAAUCAGGUAUUAUUUGAACUGUUUCAUGUACAUGCCAUGUCAAAAAAAAACUGUUCCACUAAAGAAUUGUGACCUUAUACAACCAUUGAAAGGCAAACAUUGUAUCCUUUAAUGCACUACUAGACUAGGAACAAAGGUAAAACAUGUACAUUAACGGUACAUAUUGAUCAUUUAUGUUUACAGCUGAACAGUACGUGAACGGUUGCUGUAAUUUGUCAAUUUUUGGAAGAUUUUAGGUGAUUUAUGUGUGAAAAAUGUAUAUUUAUAAGAAUUUAAAAUUUAAUUCUGUGAUCAAAAUUUCAAAUUGAAUAAAUGGUGUCUAAAUGUUAAAACUAGG